AUGGCACAGCGCCAUUUUUGGAAGGUAUACAAGACGCCCGAUGGGGAAAAGUAUUAUUAUAAUAUAAAGACCAAACAGUCCACCAGAGAACGACCCGCAGAGCUUGACGCUGCCAGCAAGGAUGAGGGCGAAGACGUGCCUACCAAAAAUAAGCUGAGAAAACUUGGACCUCGAGCUGUGCACUCCGUAAAGCUGUUGAAUGAUUGGUUUUUGGUGGUUUUUGACGAUGGGUCAAGGCGCUUCAAACGACAGGAAUCAGGCGAUUUUCAGGACGAGCUUCCAGACGAAGAUAGCAUUCACUUAAUGUCAAAACUGCCAGCUGGACAGUUAGAUCAGCUAUGCUUUGCAGCGAAAACUGGUCAGGGGAAAGAAAAUCCAGCAUACCAAGAAACUCUCGCAGAGAUUAGCGCUCUUCGAGGUGAUACUGCGAAAGAUCCAUUUACGUGGAAGAAAGAAGAGGAAACUUCAACCACCAAGAAUGUUGAGAUAGUGAGUUUUAAUGGGACAUCCGAUUCUGAACCAGUAUCUAGCAACGAAAUAAAGCUAGUUUCGGGCUACGACAGCUCGGACGACGACAACGAAAUACAAAGCGCAGAUGAAGACCCCGUCCUGGAGUCGGUACAAAACACCGGGAUCCUUGAAGAAGAAUUUACUUCGCUGUUUGUGGAAUACUCGCUAGACCCGUAUUCUACAUGGAGUUUGCAAUCCAAGAAAAUUCAGGACGACGCGCGGUUCUAUACAAUAUCCAAUGACACCAAACGAGCUGAACUUUUUGAAAAGUGGUGCACGCGACAAGCACAGGAAGCUCCCAACAUCCUGGACGCGAACGAGGAAAACGAAGUAUCUGCGGAAUACUCAGACGACGAAGCAGACAGUUUAGAACCUACCAAAUAUCACUACUUGUCACACAUCGUCUCCAAAGCCAUAGUAUCUCCAAGUUCAUUACCCAAAGACAUUCGAAGCCAGAACAAACCUUUGUUUAAGCAAUUCAAGAUCAAAUCAAGUUUGGACAAAAAGACCCAGGACGCCUUCAUUUCAAAACUAUUAUUUUACUACAAAAGACUUAGCCAAGAUCAAAGAACUGAAGUGUUUGAGAAGCUACUCUCUGAAAAGUCUAAGACGAUCUCCCGCGGCCUGCGAAAUUCGGACAAGUUGAAAGAAAUUGUAUCUGAGUCCGAACUGCCAACCGAAUCAUAUGCCAUUGAGACCCAAUUGUUGACACUGGAACACUGCAUGGGUUUACAUGGACCAAAUGGCUCCUUGCAAGAAGAAGUGCGAUAUUACGUCCUGGACAUUAAGACCAAAACUCAGGUACUGAAAAAAUUCUUGGAGGGCAUGUUGAAAUAA